GGAUGCCGGGAAGACGAUGAAUCGAGCGCGACGUGACUGCUCGGCACUGGACCAAGUGCUUGUACCUGAGUUUUCUGGGACUGUAGCAGCAUUCACUACGGCGUUCGUGGCUCGGCGUCGCUGGAGGCAAGAGGCAUCUCAGCAUUUGCACUCUGCAUGCGAGCGCGCGGUUCCGUCGCGAGAGGAGUGGACACGGAAAGAGUGACAACCAACGCCUGCGUGCCAUAUAAAGCGAAUGCCAUGGACCUGGACGAACUGCUGCCGGAAAUCGGGGCCUUCGGGCCAUAUCAGAAAUGGAUCUACUUCCUGCUCUGCAUCCCCGCCACGCUGCCAUCGGUAUUCACUCUCUUCAGCAGCAUCUUCGUAUCGGCCACUCCACGCCACUGGUGCCGUGUGCCCGAGGUGGAGGCCCUGAAGGGCCGAUUCUCGCCCGAGCUGCUCGUCGCACUCAGCAUCCCGCAACGAACGGAGGGUGUCUUUGAAAGCUGCCUCAUGUACGACCUCAACUACACUGCGCUGGUGCAUCGCGCGCUCGACGAAGGCGAGCUGCCGCAACCCAAUGAGUCCUGGGCGACGAGAGCCUGCGACAAUGGAUGGGUCUACGACACCACCUACUACGACGACACGCUCGUGACACAGAUGGAUGUCGUCUGCGAUAAUGCGUGGAUGGUGUCCAUGGCACAAUGCGCAUUCUACAUCGGCAGCGUGGUUGGCAACCUGCUGUUCGGCUACAUUGGUGACAGGUGGGGUCGCAAGAAGUCCUUUCUUCUUACCAUCGCGGUGAGCCUGGUGGGAGGAAUAGGGGCCGCCUUCCCUGUCACCUACGAGGGCUACAUCGCCUGGAGAGGCGUUGUGGGCAUGACCUAUCCAGCCAUCUUCCAGACACCGUUCAUCAUGAGCAUGGAGAUCAUGAGCCCCGAGAAGCGCACCUUCGCCGGCAUGUUCGUGUGCGCCGUCUAUGGCGUGGCGCUCAUGUCUCUGGCCGGUGUGGCAUACCUGCUGCGCUCCUGGUUCGCCGUGGCGGUGGCCACCUCGCUGCCCUUCGUCGUGCUGCUGGCCAUGUGGUGGCUCGUUCCAGAGUCUCCGCGGUGGCUACUCAGCCAGAACAGACUGGCCGAGGUCGAGAUUCUUGUCCAGAAGAUUGCCAAGAGGAAUGGGAAGAAGAUUCCGCCAAAUUUCUUGGUGACGUUUAUGGAACAGAAGAAAGGCCUAUGCUGCGACGAUACAACAACAGAAAGUGUGACGCUACGGAGACUGGCGAAGUACCCAAACCUGCUGAAAAAGGUGGUGGUGGUAUGCUUCAGCUGGACAGCUAACACCAUGGUAUACAACGGCCUGUCGUUCGCCGUCUCGUCCAUGGGCAUAAGCGAUUACGUGUCAUUCGCCAUUAGUGGUGCCGUCGAGGUGCCGGGUGUCUGUUUGGCCUGGUACUUUAUGGACAGGCAUGGAAGGAGACCUGUAAUGCUCUUCAACAUGCUGCUUGGAGGCCUCGCCUGUAUCGCCAUUGUCUUCGUUCCAUCAGAAAUUGCAUGGCCCACCGUGGCGCUGUGCAGCCUAGGAAAACUGAGCAUCACAGCAUCCUUCGCCACCAUAUACGUGUACGGAGCCGAACUGUUCCCAACUGUGCUCCGAACUUUCGCCAUGGGGGUCGCUGCCAUGGUUGCAAGCGUCAGUCUCAUCAUCACACCUCACAUACUCUACAUGGGUCAGAUUUACGGCGUGGUCAUCCCCAGCACUAUUUUCGGAGUCCUGUCCGUGGCGGGGGGUUUAGCCAUCCUGCUCCUACCGGAAACAAUGAACGUGCGCCUGCCGCAGACCCUCAGCGAAGGAGAGGAUUUCGGGAAGAACGUCCAACCGUGGUGCUGCGUUGGAAGCAGGACGAAUGAAGAGGACGGCGACAAAAGUAAACAUGGACAGCAGCAUCAAGAAAGAUCCAAUGUAUGAGCGCAAUAAAUGUGUCAUUUUAUGUG